UAUAAUUCUAACUUUAAUGCAAUUUAAAAGACACUUAAUUGUUUCUAAUUGAGAGAGACGUGCAAGCAAAGCACAGUGUUAAUUGUGUACAUUUGUGUAUGUAAUAAUAGUGAAAGGUCGUGUACAGUUCACUGUCAGUCAGUUUGAAAGUGGCCAUGGCAGUGACUGGACUAAGAACAGUUGUUUAUUUCGUCUUUCAUCUUGUAGUGGUAAUAAAUGCUCAAUACACGGAUGAUUCUGAUUAUAAAGACUUAGAAUUUUACGAAGAAAUGCCAAUUGGUUAUGUUGAAAAUUUCGAGAAUGAUCACUUGAAUAUUGUUCAGGAUGACUAUUAUAUUUUGAAUGACUUCGAGGACACAGUGGCGCGAGGACGUAGGUGCGACGUUUGUCCUGAUAUACGCGAUCUCGAUAUUCCCUUUAAAAUUAUCGACGAUUCUCACAAAAAGGGAAUAACACAUGACGCGCAAUUGGACUGGUAUAAACCGAAAAGAGUGUAUAGAUAUACAAAGCAUAGAAUUCCUGGAUAUGAUUACGAAGAACUUGAUCAUGUAUUUGCAAAAAAUCCUCAAGAGUGCGACGAUAGAUCCAUUUGGACCCAUUGCGUCUGUCGGUUCACAUGUUCCGAACCAGAUGUAGUAGAUUGUUAUACACCAUGUAGGAGUGGAUGCGAAUGUAAAGAAGAAUAUGUCUUUGACGAGAAAACGAAACGAUGUAUGUUACCGGAAGAAUGUCCACGAGGGGAGGAUUAUAUCAACGUAUAAAUAUUUUAAGUUAACCAAACUAGGAGAUGCUGAUUUAGUUGUACUGUCAGUAUCGUUAGC